AUGUCACCUGUGGAAUGUUCUGAGUGCUUUGGAGACCAACUUCUACAUAGAUCCUACACCUGGAACUUCUCUUUGAGAAAACAAAUUUCCCUCUUUAGUCACUUCUACUACUCUGCUUCAAAGCGCUUCCAGGACAUUAGGAAGUCUACGUACCAUGGUGGAGAAAGCCCUGGCUUUCUGGUGAGGGAAACUGUGGACCUGAGAAGAAGGGAGAUUUGUCUUUCAGCUCAAAGACUAAUUCUUAUGACCAUUAAUGGGUUUCCAUCCCCUGCUUAUGCUGCCUUCCCCCCAAAAAACCCUAAGCGGGGCUCAGUUGAGCCUUUUCUCCAGAUCCAUAAUUUGUACUCACCAAGGUGCCCAGUGCAGGCCUCCCUGACAAGACAAAACCUGGGAACUGCAAGUCAACACUCCAGCCCGCUCAACCGUUUAUCCUCUGUGCCCUUCUUUGACUCCAUGGAGCAUCCUACAUCACAGGCGGAAUUGGAGUUGGAUUAUAAUCUUCCAAGGGUUCAACUGAGCGAUGAGAUGUUUGUCUUCCAGGAUGGGAGAUGGGUGAGUGAGAAUUGCCGCCUGUCAUCCCCGCACUUCUCCCCAGCCUCCUCUUUCCAUCAUAAAUUACAUCACAAGAGGUUGGCCAAGGAAUACAUCCUGCAAGAGGAGAAUAAGUCCCUUCGGGAGGAGAACAAGUCCCUUCGGGAGGAGAACAAAGUCUUGCGUAAGGAGAACAAAAUUCUCCAGGCCUUCUGGGAGGAGAACAGAGAAGAGAACAAAGGCGACCUAGGGAGAGAGGGUGGCCCAGUUUCCUCCAUCCUGAUGCAAAAGGACAACACGGCUCUUCAGGUCCUGAAGAAGGACAAUAAUGCACUUCCAGUGCACAGGAAGGAAAGCGCUACCCUGCAGUUUCUCCGGGAGGAGAAUCGGGCUCUACAGCUACUCUUGGAACAGAGAAAGAACAAUUGGCCCCAUCCAGAGCAAAAGACAAGUCCUCAGGAUGAAACUAAAGGGCCCCCAAAUCCUCAAGACGAGAUCCACAGUGCAUCAAGGCAGUCCGGGGAGAGCGCCGGCACCAUGCCUCCAUGUGAAGAGCCCAAAGGGCCGGCCACCCCACAGGAGGAUAGUAAAGCCCUUCGAGCCCUCCGAGAGAUGGUCAACAACCUAUCAAUCCCUCUUGAGGACAUCAAGGGUGUGCCAGGCCUCCAGGAAGAGGCCCAGUCCCUACAGUUACUUCGGGAAAUGAACCAAGCCCUGCAAGCGCUUCGGGAGGAGAAUCAAAGCUUGCACACUCUGCGAGAGGAGAAUCGGAUUCUUCACGAGGAGAACCGCGCCCUCCAGCUCUUGAAAGAUGAACAUCGGGCCUUCCAGGAGGAGAACAAGGCGCUCUGGGAGAACAAUAAGCUGAAGCUGCAGCAGAAACUGGUGAUCGACACGGUGACAGAAGUCACUGCCCGGAUGGAGAUGCUGGUGGAAGAGUUAUACGCUUUCAUGCCCGCCAAGAACAAAGAACCCAAGAAGCCUGCCAGGGUUUGA